AUGACUGAAGACACAAUCGAUACUGCUCACGGUGAGAUCGCAAUUGAGGACGACCAAAAGCUACGCCACGUCCUCAGCGCAGCGAUAGGCGAUGAGGCUACAGAGCAUGUCCGUUCCGUUGGCCUGGGAUUGGUCAUGGAGCCACGCAUGAUGAUGGUCAUUUUUGCCAUGAUCAUGGGGCAGUUCGCUGGAAUCUGGGGGUUUACUCUGCCAGCAGGCAUUCUUCCCUUUAUAGAAGAAGACAUAGGUGGAAGUUCCAACUCAGCUCUAUUCUCAAUCGUUUGGACUAUGGGAAACUCGGUGGGAUACGCACUCGUCGGUCGACUCUCCGACAUCUUCGGAAGAAGAUGGUGGAUGAUAGGAUUCAAUGCUCUAGGUCUUGUUGGAGGCGCGAAACUAACACCGAUAACAGGCAUAGUUGCCGGCAGAGCUCAGCGGAUUGAUGUUCUCAUUGGAUCGAACGUCUUACUGGGCCUCUCCUCAGGAGGACAGUUCUCAAUGCAAUUCAUGUCGGCUGAAUUGGUACCUAAUAGACACAAACUCGCUAUGCUAGGACUCGUUGUUUUUGGCUGCUUUCCCUCUCUAGCCAUCGGCUCUUUCCUCGGCAGAGCUGUGCUCGAGGGAGCCUCCUGGCGCUGGAUCUAUUACAUUUAUUCAAUCUCUUGCGCCUGCGCUGUCGGGCUUCAUUUCUUCUUCUACCACCCAAAAGAACCCGUACUUCCCAAGUCCAGGCUGCAACUGCUCAAGGAGCUUGACUUCAUCGGUCUUUUCCUCUUUGUUUCCAGCAUUGCAUUAUUUGUCCUAGGUAUUUCUUUAGGGGGAAAUCCGUAUCCAUGGGACUCCGCCAAGGUGCUAGGACCUUUAGUAUCUGGUGUGGUUGCAUCAAUCGGAUUCUUCGCUUGGGAGCUUCACAUGCCGAUAAGCAGACAAUUCAUGCGCGUACAACUACUGAAGGACCUGAGAGGUUUUGCUGGCAUUGUGGUGUGUGGUGCAAUGGGCGGCCUGAUCUUUUUCGGCCUAAGUGUUGCUUGGCCAAGUGAGGUCUACUAUGUUUAUGCAACAUCCACUGACUGGUCAAACAAUGCCUGGCGCACCACGAGCUUAGGAAUCGGCAUAUGGGUUGGGGACUGUUUUGUUUCACCGCUCAUCGGCAUCUUCAAGUAUGCAAAAUGGCAGCUGGUUGUUUAUGCGGGCCUCCUCACUCUCUUCUUGGGUAUCGCCUCUCUAUGCACUCCCAAUGAUGUCGCUCUCGGGAUUGCCAUGUCCGGUCUAGCUGGAGUUGUAACAGGUCCGUUCGAACAAGCCCCGGCAGCACUCUCACAACUCUUCGUGGAGGAUGAGGAUCUGGGAAUGGCAUUCAGCUUGUUUGGUGGCCUGAGAAGUGCCUUUGGGGCGAUUGGUAGUGCUGUGUUCCUGUCUAUUAUUCACAACAAGGUCCCUGAACAGCUAGCCAUACACAUCGGUGCUGUUGCCGCCUCGCAUAAUAUCAGCGCCUCCGAAAUUCCUCUCAUCAUUCAAGAGCUCUCAGAAGGUCAAAUCUCAUCCUUGCUCAAGAUCCCAGGAGUUGAUGCUUCAGUCAUUGGGGAGCUCGCUUAUGCUUCACGUUGGGCCUACGCUGAUGCUUACAAAGUGGCUUACUACGCCGCUGUGGCAUUUGGAGCUGCAACAUUCCUGGUGACCUUGACCUUGCGGGAUCUUGAUUACCUUUUGACCGAUCACGUCCCAAGAACAAUCGCGCAUAACGCGGCCGAGGCACGGAUUCAUGACGAAAAAGAAGUCCGAAUUCAUCACGAGGAGGAAAUACCGGCAACGGCUACGACCCCGAUAGCCUAA